AUGAAGGUUUUCAUCUUACUCGUCGUGCUUGGCGUUGCCUUCGCCGAAAAGAUCAACUACUACAGGACAGCUGAUAAUCACUACGAUAUGCAAAGUGUAGUUGAUAACCCCAAAAAGCUGCAGGACUUUGUCGACUGCUUCUUAGACAGGAAACCUUGCGAUCCUGUUCCAGCAAGUUAUAGGAAGAUAAUUCCAGAGACGAUAGAGACAGCCUGCUACAGAUGCAACGCAGAUGUGAAACAUCUAGCCAAUGUUUUCAUGCUCGGUCUAAAGAAGAAUAACCCGACUGAAUAUGUCAACUUUGUCAACCGUUAUGAUCCUGAAGGCAAAUACAUCGAAAAAUUUAUGGAAAGCGUUAAGGGCUUAAAAAAUUGCUAUAAUAAAAAACUAAUGAUGCAUUGUGUUUACUUAAACCUUUAA